AUGGUGACCGCUAAGAGAGCGUACAAUUGGUACGUGUCCCUCGUUGCAGCAUCUUGCAUGGUGCUCUACGGAUAUGAUGCCUCAGUCUUCAACGCCGUCCAAGGCUCGAAGCACUGGGUUGCCUACUUCAACCACCCCAAUGCGAACACCAUCGGAGCUAUCAACACUGCAUACACCGUCGGAGCUGUCGUAGCUGGUUUCUUCAUGGGUGGUCCUCUUGCUGAUUACGCUGGCCGCCGCGUUGGCAUGGCCACUGGUUCCGUUCUCGUCAUCAUCGCUACCUUCAUGCAAACGUUUGCGCCCCGUGGAAACAUUGGUGUUUUCAUUGCUGGUCGUGUUAUUAUUGGUUUGGGUCAAGGUCUCGCACUUACUGCUGGUCCCAUCUACAUCGGCGAGCUCGCACCUCCUGAGAUCCGUGGCAAGAUUAUGUCCUUCUGGCAGAUGUUCUACUCGGUCGGUUCCUUCAUCGCAUACUGGGUCAACUUCGCCUGCUCCAAGCACCCCCAGAAGCUUGGCGAGUGGGACUGGAAGAUGGUAGUCAUAUUCCAGAUCUUGAUGCCCAUCGUCAUUCUCUCCCAGGUCUUCUUCAUCCCUGAGUCGCCCCGCUGGCACAUCCAGAAGAACAAGAACUACGAUGCCGCCAAGAAGGCUUUGACCCGUGUCCGCGACACUGAGCAAGAGGUUGAUGACGAAAUCACCAUCAUCCGCGAGGCUAUCGAGUUUGAGGCUGAGGCCAUCUCCAGCGGAUACUCCGCGCUCUGGAAGGACAAGUCUAUCCGCAAGCGCAUGUACAUUGCGAUGAUCAUCAACGCUGGUCAGCAGAUCACAGGACAGGGUACCCUCAACUCUUACUCCACCAUCAUCUACAAGAAGGUCUUCAAGGCUGCCGACACUAUUGCUCUCAUCAACGCCCUCAACGCUACAUUCGGUAUUCUGUUCACACUCAACGCUACCUGGACUGUCGAUCGCUUUGGCCGCAAGUUCUUGUUCAUCGUCGGUGGCAUCGGUAUGGGUAUCUGCAUGGUCAUCGCUGCUUCAGUCGAAACCCAGACCCCAAGCUUUGACGGCGCCAAGUCGCAGCCUGUCGGUAUCGCGAUCGUCUUCCUCAUGUUCUUGUUCGCUUUCUUCUACAAGCCUUCAUGGGGUGCCACCGUCUGGAUCUACACCGCCGAGAUUUUCUCGAUGAACGUCCGCGCCCAAGCCGUCGGCAUGUGCUCGCAGACCCAGAACGUCGCCAACUCGAUCGUCCAGCAGUUUUUCCCUCUGUUUCUCCAGAACGAGGGCUUCUACGCCUUCUACAUGUUUGCAGGUAUCAACAUCCUGUUGGCUGCUUUCGUUUGGUUCUUCGUUCCCGAGACCAAGCAGGUCGGCCUUGAGGAUAUGGACACCAUGUUUGGUGGAGCGAACCACAUCGAGGGCGGCGCCGAGCUCGAGAAGAAGCACGUUGACCAUGAGGAGUUUGCUAUUGACCCCGAGCAUAAGAACGUUGAGCGAAGGGAUGUUUAG